AGUGCUAGAUUUUGGAAACAAAACGGCAGUAGUUUCUUUGUGACUAUGAAUCAGCGUUGGAAGUACGAAAGACCUUGGACUAUCUCAGUCCUCCGAUUUCAAUGGCGGUUUUUCAGUUACCAAAUUUGUCGCCGGAGAUUCUUCUCCGUUUUUCUCCUACACCACUUGAUUUUAUAAAUCGCAGGAGAAUCAACUUUUUCCGGCCAUUGUCAGCCAUCGGCGAUUCUCAAUCCGUUGCACCAGAUUCAGAAUCACGAAACCGGAUGUUCAUUCUCGGGAUGGGAUUCGUCGGAGGAUUUUUUGCGCAACAGCUCAAAGAAGCAAACUGGGUGGUUUCAGGGACUUGCAGGAGUGAUCCGAAGAAGAAAGAAUGGGAAAAGAGAGGAAUCAAUCUUCAUCCAUUUUCUGCAGACUCACCUGAAUGGAGCUUGCUGCUAGAUUCAGUGAAAGAUUACACUCACCUGCUUAUUUCCAUUCCACCUUUAGCAGACAUUGGUGAUCCGAUGUUGCGGAAUGUGGAACUUCUCAGAGGCAAGCUUUCGAGUGGAAACCUUCGAUGGCUUUGUUAUCUUUCAUCAACAAGUGUGUAUGGAGAUUGUGGUGGUGCGUGGGUCGAUGAAAAUCAUCCCCCAAAUCCUAAAACUCAGUCAGCCAAAGUGAGAUUAGCUGCAGAGGAAGGAUGGUUAAGCUUGGGUCGUGAUCUUGGGGUUUCGACUCAAAUACUUCGACUUGGAGGUAUCUAUGGACCUGGUCGAAGUGCUAUUGAUACCUUGUUAAAGCAGGAGCGUUUGUCUGAAGGUCAAAAGAGAAGAGCGUCCCGUAAAUUCACGUCCAGAGUUCAUGUUGAAGAUAUAUGCCAAGUUCUCCAAGCUUCCACUGAAAAGCCAUCAUCAGGGGAAAUCUACAAUGUUGUUGAUGAUGAUCCGGCACCAAGAGAAGAGGUGUUUGAAUAUGCCUUGGAGUUGAUCGCGAAACGUUGGCCAGAGAUUAUCAACACAAAACCAUUUCCAUUUCUGUAUGAAUCUCGGGAGGAGAGUUCAUUGAGAGGCGAAAAACGAGUCCGCAACGAACACAUGAAGAAUAAACUAGGAGUGAAAUUGAUAUAUCCUUCAUACAAGUCAGGAUUGCAAAGCAUAGUCGAGAACAUGGACAACCCUUUUUGAACACAGCACAGGACUCAAUUCACUGAGCUAAAUCUAUCUCACGUUUCCUUUGGAGACUUAGGGACUCUUAGCAAAGACAGAUUUAGCUUAUCUUUUUUUCUUCUGCAUUCUCCAAAAUGACAAAUUUUGUUUCAUUGGUAUACACACCGUUGUCCCAUGUGACAAUGAAACAUGAAUAAAAGAAGAGGGAUACAAAAUGUUAAAGGCA